AUGAAAAGCUAUCACGGGGUGGCCGUCUCGCUCUUGAUCAUUCCCUCUACAGCAUUAUGUGUAGAAGCCUUGAGACAUAUUGCGGUUUGGGCCAGCGAGGUCGCCAAAACUAUCACGAAGCGCGUCUACGCUUGGCUGUACCUCUUCAUGGGACCCAGCUUAAUCCAAGACGGCUUUGACCGGGCCAAAGAUCAACCCUACGAGAUAUUGUCCCCGGAUACUCGCUACGUGUUUGUACCAUCCAAGAAACACAUUAGGGAGCUCGACAGCGCGCCAGAUACCGUCCUUUCCCUCCAGGCGGCCUCCAAGCAAGAGAUACAUUCGGAACACCCUAUCGUUAACGGUAAGCAUCCGACCUUGUGGACGGUGCAAUACUCGAUGGCUAAUGUAGCAAAAAAUGAGCCUUUUAUGGUUGCUGCUCUCGCUUACAUUGAAGAAACUCUGUUAUGUGCCGAAGCUGUGAAAUUGCUUCCUAAAAGCGUCGCUCCUACUAUCGGCAGCAUUAUUGCUCGUUUUCUCAAGGCACACGAGAAGAUAUAUGCGGUUUUGAUUCCUGUGGCCGAGGAACGGUGCCAGGAAAGAGACCUCGCCAACUUGGGUCAAAACGUCCCGAAACAUACGGACUGCAUUCAGUGGAUCAUGGAAACAGCACCACGACAGAAGCCUUGGACGCCGAAGCGCAUAGUCCAUGAACUGAUGGCUAUUUGGUUUGGAUCUGUCCAUGCUCUUUCUACUACAAUCACCUUUGCAGUCCAAGACCUGUGCCUCCAUCCAGAAUACGUGGAACCACUGAGGAGGGAACUGGUGGCGCGGUAUGCGCAGUUUGAACGCACAGGGCUUGGCCUCCCACUACUCGAUAGCUUCACAAAGGAGUCCGCCCGUCUAACCCCAGUUGAGUCCAUGAGCAUGCGACGUUACGCGACACAACCAUUUGCUUUGUCUGACGGUACCAAGUUGUCCGUCGGCGACUGGGCAUGUGUUCCUGUCAAAGCCAUCAUGCAGGACUCUAGGUCCUACCCCGACCCCCUCACUUUCAACGGGUUCAGAUUUGCGAGCCCCAAUGACCUGAAGAGUGCGGAGACAGAUUCCCAGUUCAACUUCUCCCAGCCUAAACCGUCUAUCCCGGGACGAUACUACGCUGUGGCGGUCAUGAAGGUGAUAUUGGGUCAAAUUAUCUUGAAUUACGACUGCGAGUUGGUAGAUCAGCAGAGAACGCGCUGGCAUACAUGGCGGUCCAGCAUGCUGCCCAAGAAGAAUACUAUGGUGGUGUUUACCCCUAGGGAUAGCAGCGCUUAG